UUUAGCAAUUUACAUCUGCAAGAAAGAAACAAGAAUUUUAUUACAAAAAUACUUUCUUAAUUGUUACAAACCGAUAAACAUUUUCUAUUUAUUGACCCGUCAAAUCUAAUUAAAAACGACCCUCUCUCUGAUCCAUCGGUUAUUUUUAACAGGUAUAAUUCUUUGAUAAGACCAUCAAGUCGCGAUAAACACCUAAAUGGAUCUCAAGUGUUUUCCCGGACGCCGUCGUCUCGACGCUAAUUUCCAGUUCGAAAAUGAUCGCGUUUUAAACAACAUCAACAAUGCCAAACGUUUUUAUUUUAGUGCCUCUAGUAGUACUUUUGUGGAUCUGCUUACUAGUUUUACUAAAAAAUAACUUAGCAAACACUUCGAUCCAACUCAACAUAAAUACCAACACAAACACAAUUGCUAACAUCGUCACAAAAUUACCAAACAAAACUGACAAUUCUGUUCCAGUGAACAAAAAGAAAUAUCACGUUCCGAAAUUUAUGCUAGAAUUGUAUGAACAAAACAAGGUAAAGAGAGAUAAUUUGACGAGUCCUGAUGUCGUCCGGAGCUUAAUUCCGAAACAUUCUGGGCCAAUCAACGAUAAUGAAGUGUUUGAGGAGUCAGAAAACCAUUUAUUAAUUUUCGAUUUGCCAAAUUCUGAUGAAGAGGAACAGUUUGUAAGUGCAGAGUUGAAAAUCCUGACUUUGGUUGGAAUCAAAUCGGAUGUCAUCUCCGGAGUUGAAAGACAACUCAAAGUUUCAAUAUACGACGAUAUAACUAAAAAGUUUCACCAUUUUGAACAAAUUCAUGUUCACCAUUCAAACAACACUUGGAUUUCUUUCAACGUCACGCAACCAGUCGUCAAAAUUUUGCAGAAAAGUGAAACCGAGAAGUACCUAAAAGUGGUAAUUUCGGUGUGCGCAUUUUUGCCCUACUACAAGACGGCUGAGAGUGAUUUUAAACUGUCUUUAAUGCCAGUCAAAGAUGAUUUCGAUCACGAUUAUCCUAUUCUUUUAUUAUCUUACACUUCCAACAAUCGUAAAAAUGUCACAAGAAGAAAAAAACGAAGCUUGGAAGAUGAUUAUGAAGAGGAGACAAACAAACUUUGGGAUGACGACACUACUAAAAAAAUCCAAACAAAGAAAUCGAGAAAAACUAAAAACAGUUGUCACCGCAAGCCUCUGUAUAUCAAUUUCUCUGAAAUAAAUUUCGACUUGUGGAUAGUCCAACCUCCGGGUUACGAAGCGUACCAAUGCCAAGGCAAGUGUUUUUACCCCGUGGCUGCGCAUCUAAACCCUACCAAACACGCAAUAGUCCAAGCCCUCCUUCACAGCGUGUCUCCAUCAAGAGUUUCAAGGUCUUGCUGCGUUCCAACAAACUUGGAUUCAAUUUCAAUCCUUUAUGUGGAUAAUAACGGAGUUCUCACUUACCGAUAUGCUUACAAAGACAUGGUGGUGUUAGAGUGUGGUUGUAGAUAA